GACGAAUCGUAAAGCAAUUGAAGGUUUACCUUACCAACCGUUAUCAAGUUAUCAUAAUUUCACGCUUGUGGUGAUUCCGAUUAUUGAUUUCGCUUUCAGUAAUAAAUAAAAGUUUUCUCAAAUACUUCUCCCAGCAUACAAGAUACCUUCAGGCUAGACGAAAACCUAUCGAAGUCAGAAAACUUCAUAAUAUGUGUAAGAAUGGUUUAUCAUACUGUUUCUUGGUGGAAUGGUUUGAUAGUAUAUCCUCUUUGAUCAAACGAUUCCGGCUGAUAUUUUACACUGAAGUUUCUUCUGUGGAGAUGCAUGAGGAAAAAACCAAUAGGCUUUUUCUCAAGCCCACUAGGGUUGAAGGGCUGAAACUAUCCGACUUUUAUUUAGGUAGCACGGUAACUAUAUUUUCUCGUUCAUUAAGAAUUGUGGACUUUGGGGAUGAGUUCACUAGACGUGCAUUUGUAAGUUCUUCAGAAAGAUGUGUUGUUUUUAUCCCUCCAGGCUCCGUUCAAAGGGCUGGUGACAUAAUAGCAACAUUGGAAGACAAGUCAUUAAGAAUUAUUAAUCUGAAAAUGAUGCGUUUAAUAGAAGAUGAAGUAAAGUCUCUUCUUGAGAACUAUGCAAACCCCUCAAAACUUUCUAUUAUAUUGGAUGAACUUAUUGGAAAAAAUCUUGUCGCUUUAGAAGUAAUGGGUACAAAUGUUUGCUCAUUCCUAUAUGAAUUUGUUUAUGGAUCAAAAGGAAAUGAUGAAAACAUUUUAUCGAAUCCUGAUUUAUUUAUGAUCACAUCAAAUGCCGGCGACUCAUUAAAACAGGCCAAUAAAAUAUUCGGAAGUCUUUGCGGACCAAAUUUUCGUGGAGCACCAUUAUUAAAGAAUACAACAUUAUGCGUUAUACGACCACAUGCAGUAUCUGAUGGUCUUACUGGGAAAAUUUGGAGUGCAAUUACACUAAGGGGAUUUAAUGUAACUGCAGCUUGUUUGUUUCGUUUAUCAAAAGCUGAUGCAGCUGAAUUUUUAGAAGUUUAUAAAGGUGUAGUCCAAGAAUAUCCAGAGAUGUUGGAUCAACUGUCUUCGGGACCUUGUGUAGCGCUAGAAAUAGCUUCUCCAGAUGCCGAUGUAAAUGUCCAUCAUACCUUCCGGGAUUUUACUGGACCGAUAGAUCCAGAAAUCGCUCAGUACUUACGACCGGAUACACUAAGAGCAAGAUUUGGAAUUAGUAGAGUGAAAAAUGCUGUUCACUGUACUGAUUUACCUGAAGAUACUGAACGUGAAGUAAGUGCUAUUUUUUCAGGUUUUCAAUAUGUUGAUAUUUAAUUCUUAUAAUUAUCUCAUGUUAAUCUAAUAGUUUUACGGUAGUGAUACUGUGGUGUGAGCUACUUAUAAGUAGUAUAUGACGUGAGUGUCAACGUAAUGUCUGGCAGCAGAAGAUGGGGGAAGAUCAAGAAAGGAAGAGUUAGAACACAAUGGAAUUUGUAUGAAACGCAUGAAUAGUCACAAUGGAUUGAUGUUUUGUAACAGGAACAGUCCAGUUCGAUAUGAUCGACUGAUAUUUUGCAAAUUAACGAUUUACGAUAUGGUUUUCCAAUUUUACUGAGUAACGCUGUAAUUUUCGUUAAAUACAAUUUGGUUGCCCCACCUGUGUUCUCGUUCACUACAAUA